AUGAAGCUUGCUGCUGCUGGUGGAGGUGCUGCGAAGAGACUUUCACUGGAUGAGGGUGUAUGUACCCCUGCUGGUGGUGGCAGUGCUGCGAAGAAAACAGCUGAGCUUUUGGCUCUCAUUGACGGCCUUAAAGAAGCUCUCACUUUGAAGUUGAAAAGGGUCACGAGCACACUUCCUGGAAGCAGCGAGAUUGCAGCAUUAGACGUCACUCAAGCGACUCGUUUAGAAAAAAAGUGUGCAUAUUUUGUGUUUAGUGGUGGCAUUAAGUUUGCUUCGAAACUUGCAAUUGAAGCUACAGAUUUUCAGAGCACCUCCUCUGCAGGAACUUGCAAAGCCAUGAGUGUGAAGGAGACUUGUUUGAUUUGCUUCGAAGACAUUCCUAUUGCUCGAAUGUUUUCAAUUGGUACUUGCCAUCACAAAUAUUGCUUGGCUUGUAUGAAACAUCAUGUGGAAGUAAAUUUGCAAAGCGGGAUCGUGGCACAAUGCCCUCAUAAAGACUGUAAGUGUGAAGUGAAUAUUAUAACCUGUAAAAAUUUCUUGUCACCUGAACUUGCUGACAUUAUGAUCGAACGAAUCAAGGAGUCUUCUAUUCCUGUCACGGAGAAAGUUUACUGCGCAUUUCCGAUGUGUUCUGCCUUGAUGUCCAAAAAGGAGGUCUUGGAACAUACCCAGACUUCUUUUGUUAGUGAGGGAGGCAGGAAGUGCAUGAAAUGCCAGCGCUAUUUUUGUGUCAAUUGCAAGGUUCCCUGGCACUAUGAUAUGAGCUGCUAUGAUUACCAAGGAUCAGAAACCUAUUCCCUCACAGAAGAGCAAUUGCUAAAAUCGCUUGCAAUGAUGAAACUAUGGCGGCAGUGUUCCAACUGCAAACAUAUGGUUGAACUUGAUAGUGGUUGCUACCACAUCACUUGCAGUGUCUUUGUAGGUGUGGACAUCAGUUUUGCUAUACUUGCGGAGCUGAAUGGAAGAACAAGAGAGCAACAUGUUCCUGCCCACUCUGGGAUGAGCAUCACAUUAUACGGCCAUAACGAUAUUGAGAAGUGUAAAACAGAUUGGCUGAUCCACUUGUCGGUACCACACUCCUUGUUUCCACUGGAAGAGGAUGUAUGUAUUCCUGCUGCUGCUGGUGGCGGUGCUGCGAAGAGACUUUCACUGGAUGAGGGUGUAUGUACCCCUGCUGGUGGUGGCAGUGCUGCGAAGAAAGCAGCUGAGCUUUUGGCUCUCAUUGACGUCUCUCACUUUGAAGUUGAAAAGGGUCAUAUUCUCUGUGAUGAUUAUCUGAUUUACCAAUAUGUCAUGAGCACAAUUCCUGGAAGCAGCGAGAUUGCGGCAUUCGUCAAUCAAGUGACUCGUUUGGAAAGAAACUUUGCAGCUUGUGUUUAG